GCACUGAACAACGUUUGACAGUAAGAGGUUGGUUUAAGGACGAUUUACUAUUGAUUGUUCGUUCAUUUUAUUUAAAAGUAAAAAUAAUAUAUUAUUCUUAAAAACAAAUAUUUAUAAAUAGUUGUGUGUGUGUGUGUGUGCUCGAUGAGCGUCCACACUGUAUAAUGUGGAAAUACACUUUAAUUCCAGCGACGAUUAUUUUAGUGUGUCUGUCAAAAUGUGAGGCACAAUAUGAUGAUAAAAGAUGCAAAUGUAUUUGUCCAAGUCUUUCUUCUGUGAUAAAUACCACACAACCUUCAUUAGAUCGAUUAAUUUUUAUCAUUAAUGUCCCACCAUCACAAUGUAAAUGUGAAGAUGUUGUUUUACCAAAACUAGGGGAUCAAAUAAAGACUAAAGAAGAAAUUUUUUGUCCUAGAUGUGAUUGCAAAUAUGAAAAUAGAAACACAACUAUUAUUAAAAUUGUCGUUAUAAUUGUUAUUUGGGUUAUAUCAUUGUUAGUAAUUUAUAUGUUAUUCUUAAUUUGCUUGGAUCCAUUAUUGAAUAAAAGAAUACAUAAAAACACAACUAACAUUGGUUAUCAUGAACAUAAUAAUGAAGAGGAUGAUGCAUCAGUAGCACCUGGGUCUUCUCAUCCGAUGGGAGAAAGAGGAAAUGUUCUAAAUCGUGUAGGGCAUCAACAAGAUAAAUGGAAGAGACAAGUUCGAGAACAGAGACGUAAUAUUUAUGACCGACAUACUAUGCUUAAUUGAAAUGUACAGUUGAUUAUGACAAAAUACUAAAUAUCAUCAAUAGUGUAUUACACAUCUCUAAAUAUAAAUAUGAUAAAUAAGAAAA